GGUGGUCUACUUUAUACGCGCGACUAAAAGCUCUCCGAUAUAACGCAGCUUCCUGUACGCCCCGAUCACGCGCAUUUUAAUUUUAAUUACGUACAUGUAUGACAACCGCAACGAUUCAAAGUCUGCUCGUUAGGUAUAUAUAUCUUUGUUAUUGUUCUCCAUCACCUAUACGCGUGAUGGUUGGGUCGGUAACCGGGAGUUGCCGUGAGGGUCACCGGGAAACGAAUCGAUAGUUAGUUAACGAUGAUACACAUGUUGAUUGCGUGUAUGUAUACUUCUCCCGUUACGCGAUGUCAACGACUAUUAGAGAGUGGCCAACCGAUUGCUGGGCGAACUGUGUAUUGUAGUAUUUAUUAUUGUUCCCAACAAACGUCCGUUCCUCGGUUCAUUUCUCCCUCCCUUACAUUUUUCGGUUUCUUAUUACCGGGCCCCUGAAUGACUCUGGCGAAAGAGACUGUAUUAACUUUGAAUUAUUCGGUAACCGGACACCACCUUACACACUUUCAACGCGUCCUUAACAACGGCAGUAAUAUAAGUUAGUUCCUGCAUCAGUUGUUCUCCUUCUUUUUUUCUUUUUGAACAAUCAGAAAAUUCUACUAAGUUUCGAACGAACGAUGACAAGGGGUGUAUAAGUAUAUAACGUUGAUGGUACCGCGGCUUCCGCUGCCACUGGCAGGUACGCAGGUCGGGUCGACGAUCGUAAUCAGCUGUUCUUCAGGAUGGUCGAUGACUAUUCGGGAAAAAAGUGUACCGCAUACGAUCAACCGGUUUUGAGGAUGAGAUAUCGAAACGGUAGUGCUGCAGGGUGAAUCGAGAAGGAAAAAAGAAAACUAAUAUUACAGCAAUCGAAGUCAAAGGCAAACGCAUUAAGCGAGGGCGAAAAAAAUAAAAAGAAGAAGGCGCCGCUGCUGUUGACCCCUGCGUCUAGUAUCCGACAUCUCAUGUUCUAAAUAUAGACGUUGCACGCGUAUACAGCGUAGCGUCGCCGGGUCGAGGCGAGAUGAAGUUUUCCGCUAAAUAUCGAAAACACGUAAACACGAAAACAGAAAUCUGCAGGCUGUCCUUCGCGCGACUAUACACGCGCGUUAUCUUAUCUAGCUUUCGCUGGGUAGUAUAACGGCCUGGUCUGGAAACAACUUGGAACCAACAAUCGCCACAGUGCUACGCGAUGCACGUUAUACCCAAAAAUAUCGGGAAUCUAGCCAACUAUGCUGCCAGCCAACAGAUUUUAUACGUAUAAAUAGCCUACAGCUGAUUACAGAUCAUAAUUAUUAUAAUGUGUAGUAACGAAUAACUUGAUCUAUGAUCUCAGAAAAGUCAUUCCCCAUCUGCAGCUAUUGGCAGAUAAUCUAAUAACCUCGUAAAUCUUUUUUCAUGCAGUAGAUACAGCAACACCGUAAGUCUGCCGAAGACAAACAAUCAUCGUUGGAUAACAAGCUGACGGACUCUGUCCGUUACGUUUUGUUGUCCUGGUUCUCGCCCUCUUGGUUGUCUCUCGCGAUAACCUCGCGGGGGGCUCUAUGAGAGGACAGAGGAGAAGGAAGGGAAGUAAAAGAGAAUCCCAACGCCUCCCCUCCCACAUGAUGUACUUCAUGUAAUACAUAUAAUAGUACCGCAUACAAAUAUUUAUAUUGUUAUAAAUAUAACGAUCCCAAUCGUGAUCACCGAUCGAGAAUUUUAAAUACGAAAAUUCUCACACCGUCUAGACGUCAACACGCGUCCAGCCCGCAUUAUACUUGUGUGAAAAAAAUAUGCAUGUAUAUAUAUAUAUAUAUAUAUAUCUCCGUGUACAUACAUAUACUUAUACCUAUGUACAUGCCACUUGUAAUUGGAAUUAUUAUCAUUAUGGUAAUUAUUAUUAUUGACGUCGAUCACCUGGAACAUUCUUCUCUGCGAACAACAAGUUCAAAGACAUAUUGUUGAAAACAAGUUGAUUAAUCUGUGUAUAACGACCCAGAAUAAUAAUAUGUAGAAUUUUUUGACACCAUUUUUUGAAGACGUGAUAAGAAUUAUUCAAUAUUUUUCCUUUCUUUCAAAUUAUGAUAUUUAUUUUGUGAAUCAUUGUUUAUCUCGUGGAUCAACUCUAUGCAUACGCGUAAAUCAAUCAUUCGCAAAAUUUUCCAGUAUACUAUUAUUGAAUCUUAAUCGAACUAUCUAUUUUGUGUAAAAGUAUGCACGUAUUAGUUGUUUAUAUCCCUUCAUUGCGAAUUAGUCUCAACGAUGCCGUAACACGCAUAAAUUAAAGCCGAUGAACUUAUACAGAUAACGUCCGUUAGUGGACCAUAUACUCUGUUUAUGAGAAUUUGUUUACCUCUUCUCAGAGCGCAUUCAACCUGACAAUAAUAAUUAAUGGCGCCAUUAAUUCCUAUACCGGCGUUAUUCCCUAUUAGCUAUUCGCUAUUCGCGCGUUUGUGUACUACACAUAUUAUAGUACAUAUAACUAUAUGCAUAGAUUCCAUAGCACGUGUGAACGCCAUUGGUGUUUUAAUAUACACAACCUGUACCGUAAAAGCCUAUUUAUACCUGACAAGAGGUGUAAACCGCAGUGUGGUACCGCAUAACGGGGUUGGUGUUUCGGUACGUACUGUUAUCGGUUAUUUUCUCGAGAAAUAAUAGGCGCGAUUAAACGCGGUGUACGUACUAGAGCGCAAAGCAUUGCAAUCAAUUUGUUUAACUCAUUCAAAGGACCUUGCAAAUUGAAAAUCGCUCAACGGUUAAAAAAAAAAGAAGAAAUAUGACACCCCCGAUUACCUGGAGCUUGGGACUCUCGGGAAUUAGGGAGAUCGCCGGUAAAGCAACCCGAGUGGUUCUCCUCGGGCAGCCCGGGGUGGGAAAGACUGCCUUGGCCGUGAGAUUUGCUACUCGCCGAUUCAUCGGCGAAUAUGAUUGCACAACGGAAAGGAUAUACAAGGAGACAGAUCCCGCAACGGGACAUUGGGAAAUCGCUGAUCCUCCUGGAUAUCCGCCGGCUCCUACCGAGCCAAAGCUUCGUUGGGCAGAUGCAAUUCUGAUCGUUUAUUCAGUCACCGACAGAGUUAGUUUUGAUGAGACAUCGCGACUCAGGUUUUUAGUGACUCACGCGAGACGGGGGCGGAGGGUCCCACCAGUGGUGGUUUUAAUCGGAAAUAAAGCUGAUUUAGCUGCGUCUCCGGGUGAGCGAAUGGUGUCAGCUUGGGAAGGACGUCGUCGAGCAGACGAUAUCAAAGCUCACGGAUUUUACGAAAUAUCUACCAGAGAAUCAGUCGAUCAGGUCACAGUCAUGUUUUCCGACGUUGCGAGGCUCGUCGCAGAAGCUGCUGCCGGUGGUUCUCUUCAGGUGAAUCCAUUCAGAGUCAGAGCGUCCACGGAUGGAUCUAUAAAUGAUUUGAGAAGACCACCGGUACCUCAAACCGGAAGAAGGUUGAGUAUAUCCGCCCGAGGUGCGCCGCCCUAAAUAAACGAGUUUGAGUAAAAAAGCUGCAGGGAAAACGCUGCCAUUUUAAAACUGCCCUGACUACAACUAUACGUUUUGUACAACAUGCGCCACCCCCUCAAGCAGUACGUGGUUCUUCACCUGUAGGCUGCGCGGCUGUUUAUUGAUCAGUAUACUUGAAUUAUAAAUACACCUGCACAACCUCCCACGUAUAUCUUUGUUGUUUCACAUAUGAAAAUCCCAAUUUAUAAUAUUCUGAUUAAUUUUGUUUGAAUUAA